AAUAACACCGUGAAAACCUUUGACUGCCAAGAUGCCUUCACCUAAAUUUCAUAUGAAGCACCAUUCAGAAGAUGUUGUUGUGUCCUCUGACGGACGCGACAUGACCAGACAACUUCCCUCUCCUACCAGCCGGAAACCAACCAAACCUGCCGCCGCCGCUGCCUCUCAAACUCAGCCUGCAGCAAAAUCGCAACGAGAUCUUGAGGAAACUGUGAAGAAAUUUGCUGAUGCAGUUUCUGAGAAGGGACGAGUGAUGCAUGAGAUUUGGGCGUUGGUGUUCAACGUCCUUCAUCUCCUGCACAGUACUGGAGCAGAGAAAGUUAGAUGGACACCACCUGGUGGGGUAAUCCCAUACUCCUACACACUAGGAGUCACGAUGAUAGUUGUUCUCUGCUAUUGUGGUGAACAUUUGGGUGAUGAAAUGUUGCAAGGUCUCGUUGACUAUAUUCUUCACUUCAAAACAGUUGAUGUCAAUGAAGAAGAUAAGAUCAUGUCCAAUUGGACUCUCUUACACCACUGUGCAGUGCCAGGCAAUGCACGUUUAGCAAAACUGCUCAUCGAACGCGGCGCUUGCCUCAACGCACAGGACAGCUCGCGAUGGACUCCACUACACAAGGCAGUCUUCUGGAACAGGAUCAAUGUUGUCAAGGUGAUACUGUCACAUGACAGUGACAGUGUCACCUUGGAUACUGCACUGCCUGACAGGGUAAGUAUUUGAUUGUGUGUUGUUGUGAAGUGAACAGUUUCUACUCGUCCUUCUCACCUGUCCUGUCUCUCUCUCUCUCU